UCCUUCCUCCAUCCCCUACCCCGUUCCCCGUCGUUCGAGAGGAGGGGCGAGCGACCAACUGGUAGCGAUCUGGUGCCCCGCGCCCGCGCCGAUCCGCCGCGCCCCGGCCGGAUUUGCCGCCGUGGGCGGAUCAGCGUCCGUCGCCGCCUGGGGAGGCUCCAGUACGUGGCCUGUCCAUGGCGACCCCCGAUGACGGCCCGGCCCCGGCCGGGCCCGGGGUCCGCAAGUUCUGGCGUUCCGCGUCGUGGUCCGAGCCGCGGGAGCCGCUGCCGGACGCCGCGGCGGGGCCCGGGGCAGCGGGCGGGCGGUCCCGGCGCGUGCCGCCGCCGCCGCCGCUCACCCCGCGGUCGAUGAGCUCCAAGGCGCGGUCCUGCCUCCCGCCGCUGCAGCCGCUCGCCAUCACGCGCCGAAGCUUGGACGAGUGGCCCAGGGCCGGCUCCGACGACGUCGGCGAGUGGCCCAACCCCACCACGCCCGGCGCGUCCAAGGCGGGCGGCGGGCCCUCCUCCGCCAGGCCAGGGGAGGGGCUCCGGCUCGACCUCUCCUCGCUCCGCUCGCAGGGACGCAAGGACCAGAUCGCCUUCUUUGACAAGGAGUGCUCCAAGGUCGCCGACCAUGUAUACCUCGGCGGCGACGCCGUCGCUAAGAACCGCGACAUCCUCAGGAAGAACGGCAUCACCCACGUUCUCAACUGCGUGGGCUUCGUCUGCCCGGAGUACUUCAAGUCUGACCUUGUCUACCGCACCCUCUGGCUGCAGGACAGCCCCACCGAGGACAUCACCAGCAUCCUGUACGACGUGUUUGAUUACUUUGAGGAUGUCAGGGAGCAGGGUGGCCGCGUGUUUGUGCAUUGCUGCCAGGGGGUGUCGCGCUCCACGUCGCUGGUCAUCGCCUACUUGAUGUGGAGGGAAGGCCAGAGCUUCGAUGACGCCUUCCAGUUUGUCAAGGCUGCCCGGGGGAUUGCGAACCCAAACAUGGGCUUUGCUUGCCAGCUUCUCCAGUGCCAGAAACGGGUGCAUGCGAUUCCGUUGUCUCCAAAUUCAGUGCUCAGGAUGUACCGCAUGGCGCCGCACUCCCAGUAUGCCCCUCUGCAUUUGGUGCCCAAAAUGCUCAAUGACCCAUCCCCUGCCGCACUGGACUCUAGAGGCGCCUUCAUUGUACACGUUCUGUUGUCCAUCUAUGUCUGGGUUGGGAUGAAGUGUGAUCCGGUAAUGGAGAAGGAUGCAAAAGCUGCUGCGUUUCAGGUAGUGAGGUACGAGAAGGUGCAGGGGCACAUCAAGGUUGUGAGAGAAGGUUUGGAGCCACAGGAGUUUUGGGAUGCAUUUUCAAGUACGCUGCCUAAUUCAGAUACUAAUACAAAGAUUAGCAAGGACCAGAUCGAUUCAGCAUCCAAGAGUAACCCAGGAAGCCGGAUAAUUGAGUCUUAUGACGCUGAUUUUGAGCUUGUCUAUAAAGCAAUCACCGGGGGAGUGGUUCCAGCGUUCUCAACUUCUGGGGCUGGGGACGAGACCCACCUUCCAGCCAGAGAGAGUAGCUGGAGUUUACUGAGGCACAAGUUCAUCUCCAGGUCGCUAGCUCGUGUUUAUUCAGAUUCUGCUCUAAUCAGGGAUUUUGAUCCACGGGUAGACCGUGUACAGCACCUGGCUGCUGAGGCAUCGACCUCACCUCCUUUCCUUUCUCCAAGCUCCUUCUCAUCGGAUUCAAGCGCCAGCUCGAAGUAUAAUUCAGAUUCACCCUCCUUAUCACCUACAACUAGCUCCCCGCCAUCAUUUGGCCUCUCGCCUGCUUCAUCUAAUCUGCCUCAAGCUCUUGUGCCAUCGUCCAGGUCUCCUCUUUCUCAAUCAUCUAAUGCAGGGGCUUCAAAGCCUUCUGGCCUGGAAUCAAUACGCCAUCCUUCCAAGACCUCUUCUAUAGCAGAAAGAAGAGGAGGCUUCACACUUCUAAAGCUACCAUCUCUCCAAAAGGACCUUGUAUUGCCACCAAGGGUACCGUCUAGUAUUCGCAGAACUGACGAGGCCUUGGAUAAGAGUUGUACAAAUGGUGUCAAAAGGCCGACUGGUGAUUUUCGCUCAGAAAAAUGCACUGAUAAUAGUUCAAGCUUGCAUUCCGAAACCAGAUUAACUGAGCGUACUGACAGUAACUCAGAAGCUUGCAGUAAUGUGCAACUGUUGGUUUACCAGUGGCCCAGCAUGGAAAAGCUAACUACGUUUGCACGCAAGGAUCUUGACUCAAACUCGGUUUUGAUUUUUGUUACAUCGAAUGCCAUCAGAAGAGAAGCAGUUAAAAUGGUGUAUGUGUGGGUAGGAGGCGAAAUUGAAAGCAGCAAGAGUGUUAAUGCUGUUGAUUGGCAACAGGUCACUGGUGAUUUUCUUCAUCGAAAAGGCCUCAGCGAUGCUCUUCCUAUAAAGGUUUUCAAGGAGCAUGAAACAGAGAAUCUUUUGGAACUACUGAAUUUUAGUUAACAUUAGGCGGUAGCUAUCAGGAUAUUGUAGUUGCUUAACAAACUCACCCACCCCACAAAUUGUCAUUCAACGAAGGCAUGCCCUCCAGCAUCAGUCGGUACCGAUGAUUGUCAGCGAGGUAUAAAGCCUCUACCAUCCCCUUCCCUUGAACAUAACAGGCCCUACAGACAGAUUCCAUUUUAGUAGAAGCGGUGGAUCGACAACUGCGCCUCGUUGGUCUAUCUUUUGUCCAAAUGGCAGGAUGCUGCCAAUGGGCGUUGUAAGCGCAAUCAGCCAAUUGGGUGGUAAUGUAAGCUUUAGCUUUAGAUACUGGGAGAUGGUCUGUCAACAGUUACUUUUAGCCUAAACAUUCUUGUACAUCUUUGAAAGUGAACAGAUUUGUAAUCCUUGUGGCAUAUAAAUGGUAACAUUGUUCAUAACUUUUAAACUGAUAUAGAACCCAGUUGUUAAAUAUAAA